AUGGCUCCCAGGAGGAUGGAAACCAAACCGGUGAUCUUCUGUCUGAAGACGCUGCUGCUUCUCUACUCCUUCAUCUUCUGGGUGACAGGUGUGGUCCUUGUGUCGGUGGGGUUAUGGUGGAAGUUCAUGUUGGGCCCCUACAUGUUGCUGAUCUCCAGCGCCCCCUCCAAUGCCCCAUACGUCCUCACCGGCACCGGAGUCGCCAUCGUGCUGUUUGGACUGUUCGGCUGCUUCGCGACCUGCAGGGGGCGCCCCUGGAUGCUAAAACUGUACGCCGUGUUUCUGUCUCUGGUCUUCAUGACUGAACUCAUCGCUGGAAUCUCUGGAUUCGUCUUUCGCCACGAGAUUAAAGGGACAUUCCUCACUACGUACAGCGAUGCAGUGAUGAGAUACGACGGACGAGACGACAGGAGUCUGGCUGUGGACGGUGUUCAACGCAGAUUACACUGCUGUGGAGUUUAUAACUACACCAGCUGGUUCAGCAGCGGUUACUUUCCGGUCAGUGGGAUUCCUGCCAGCUGCUGUGUUAGUUUCUCCGACUGCAGCUCGGCCGACCUGAGGGACGCAGCGGUGGUUGCUCACAAAGUCCACAACCAGGGUUGUUAUGAGCUGGUGACGUCCUUCAUAGAGAGCAACAUGGGCAUCAUCGCUGGAGUUACCUUCGGCAUCGCCUUCUCUCAGGUGAUAGGGACGUCUCUGGCCUGCUGUUUGUCUCGCUUCAUCAAUGCCAACCAGUACGAGAUGGUUUGA